UCUAAGAGUUUGGUUCAACCAUAUUAUUAAAUUCAUCAUUUCAUCCAAAUAAAUCUAACCUCCCCCCCCUCUCUCUCUCUCAAUUCGAGCAAACGAUCCGUGUUGUUAAGGUCUCUUCAUCUGAUCUCUUUAUUUCUAUUUCCGUACUUUUGUUAAAUCAAAGGAUGACCACUGAGACCGGAGAAAUUAGCAUCGUAUGCAACCACUGUGACAGAGACAUUCCAGCACCAAACAUCGAUCUGCAUCGUGUACAUUGUGCCAGGAAUCUAGAAAAAUGUAAGAUUUGUGGUGAUAUGGUUCCCAAAAAACAUGCCGAGGAACAUUUCGCCAACACACAUGCUCCGGUACCAUGCUCCAUGUGCAAAGAGACCAUAGCUCGUGAGGCUUUUGAUAAUCACAAAGGAGAACUUUGCCCCAAGAGGAUUGUAACGUGUGAGUUCUGCGAGUUUCCAUUGCCUGCUGUUGAUCUUGCUGAGCAUCAGGAAGUAUGUGGCAACCGCACGGAGCUCUGUUAUCAAUGCAACAGCUACGUUAGGUUGCGAGAAACAUAUAGCCAUCAAACCAAGUGCCCUGGUUCUGUGCUCAACAAUGUUGAAUCCUCCAGAAGGAUCCCAAGAGCAGCAGAAGGAGAUGGAAACGGGAGGAGGAGGAGAGAUGGGAACGGUGUUUCUAACAAAAGGCUUUUCUUCACUAUAGCUAUAACUGGAAUAGCUGUCUUGAUAGGAUCACUGUUCUUCCAGAGGAAGCCUGAGGGGAGCUAAGGCAUAGACAUAGCUCGUGUGUAGUUCUGUAAAUUUUCUUAAACUCCCUUCAGACAGAUUUGAAGGAAGGGUUUUUAUACAUUUUAAUGCUUACCGAGACAAGAGAUGUUCCUCCCAAAAGAUUGUUUUAAGCUGAUCACCAUGAGAACGUUCGUUUAUAUUUGGUUUCAAUAAAAGGAGUUUCCGGUUUA